UGCUGCUCUUUCUCUCUCUCGAUCUCUCUCUGCUGGGACCCAGUCACCUCGUCUAAACUCCCGGGAAUUGGGUUGAGCCUUCUGCAGGCCCUCCAGCAAGGUGACCCAAGACGGAGGGGAGGCCCUGCUGAUUGAAAGCCGGAGUCCCCAGAGAAAUGAGGCGUUAUUUCAGGAUGCUGGGGAGCCUCCUCUUCAGCUCAGAGAAACAGAACCACGCGUCAGGCUCCACCUUCACCGGGCUGCUCGGCUGGCAGAAUCACAGUUUCCAGGCUGGACCAGUGACAGCCGUCGACCUUGUCAACCAUUGGGAGUCAGUGUUUGAAAAGAACAGGAUCCCUGAAGCACGAGAGUCCAGUGAAUACAUAGUCUCCCAUGUCCUUGGAGCUAAAACAUUUCAGAGCCUGAACCAGAGGGUAGACUGCUGUUCCACGCCCCUCACCGCCAUACAACUGACACGGAUCCAGGAGCUAAGCACCCUUAGGCUACAGAGGAUGCCAGUCCAGUAUAUCUUCGGAGAGUGGGAUUUCCAGGACCUCACCCUCAAGAUGGUCCCACCGGUGUUUAUUCCUCGGCCCGAGACUGAGGAGCUUGUCAACUUGGUGCUGAAAGAGAAAUCCCUGAAGAACAUGGAGUCCAUGGAAGCAGCGCCCUCAUUUCACCAGCUACCUGACUUCCCCACAGGCCCCUUGAUUCUGGAAGUGGGCUGUGGCUCAGGAGCCAUCUCCCUGAGUCUGCUGAGCAAGCUACCCCAGAGCCGAGUGAUUGCUGUGGAUAAAAGCGAAGCUGCCGUGAGGCUCACCAGGGAGAAUGCUCAGAGGCUGCAUUUACAGGACAGAAUAAGAAUCAUUCACCUCGACAUCUCUUCUAGAAUGAACUGGCAACAACUAAUUCCUUGGGGCCCUGUGGACCUGGUGGUCAGCAACCCCCCGUACGUCUUCCAGUCGGAUAUGGCUCACUUGGCAGCAGAAAUCCUCAGCUAUGAAGACCCAGGUGCCCUGGAUGGUGGAGAGGAUGGAAUGAAAGUGAUCAGAGACAUCUUAUCCCUGACCCCUUGGCUCUUGAAAAAUUUUGGAAGUGUCUUCCUCGAAGUUGAUCCCCGGCACCCAGAGCUGGUGGGGAACUGGUUGCCAAGCCAGCCUGACCUAUUCCUCUCUCUGUCUGCCACCCACACUGAUUUCUGUGGCAAGCCCAGGUUCCUGCAUAUUCAGAAGAUGGUGUCAAACAGCAGCAGUAGCACACAAGACUUCUCUGUCACUCCAAGUUUCCAACUCUUUGGAGUUCUCAGUUGAACUUUCUGUGGGAAGAUUCUUUCGAGGACUUUCCCAGAUGAAUCUGGGGUAGCUUUUUCCCAGCUCUCUAUUUCACUGGCAGGUUUAAAGUUAGAAGAAGGACUAAAUAAGCUCGGACUUGAGCUUUUGCUACUGUCUGACUUGUGCCUGGUCAGGGAACUUCUCUCAGCCAGGGGAAUUUUCAAAAUGGGAAAAGACCAUUCAGAAGACCUCACUGACGCUGUUUUUGGAUGCCCAGAGCAACAAAUCUGUGAUAAUAAUAAUUUGCUCUGAAGCUCCAAAUCCUUCUCCCUCCCAUACUGUUGCCUGCUCCCACUCCUUCCUCCCCCCCUGCCUGCCCCCAAUUUCUAAAGUUAGAAUGUAUAGGGUUUUUUUUUUAACUUCAGUAUCUUCAUCACUUGGUAACCCUGAAGGUACUUAAUUCUGUGCUAACCACCUGCUGAAAACCAUUCAGCUUUAUUCUCCCCUCCAAACUUGGGAGGCUUCCUCCCUCCACCUCCCUCCUGUAUCCUCUGCCACAGGCAGGCUUGUACUGCUGCACCCAGAAAAUCAGCCCCCCCUUGGUCAUCCUUUGGUAGCUGUUAGCAAAUGGCCCCCAAAUCUGUGAGCCAGUCCAUGCUCCCACAAGUCUCAAUGCUCUGGGGAGGAUGGGUAGGUGGUGCAUGGUGAAUAAAUUGACUCUGUGCUUGGUCAAGUGGUCUCUUGGA